GCAGUCGCAGCAAAAAUUGGUUAAACAAACGUGAAAAAAAAAUUGUUAUAAUUUUCAAAUCGAUUAGAUUAGAUCAGAAGGUAGAAAUAGAUAGAUCAAUAUAGAAUGUCAGAUUCAAAGGAACAUAUACAAGAUGCUUCUAGUAUAGCGGUAUCUCCUACUGAGAAACUAAAUGGAUUUGAAUGGUGGAGAAGAUCGUUACAAUAUAGAACUGGAUUAGGGAUCACCAAUGAAGAAAGAAAUCAAUUUGAAAUUGAUUAUCAUCAUAAAUAUUUACCACAAAGAUGUGAAGAAUGUGUAACUAAUCUCGAUUGGAUGUUAACUUAUUCACCAUCAGUACGAUUUAUGAUUGAUCAAAUUGAAAAAAUUACCAAGAAUAAUGAUAAAAUAGUGGAUAAAACCAGUAUAAUAUGUGAUGUAUGUGAUGAUUUAAAAGGAGGAGGAUUCCAUCCAAAUCAUGGAAUAUUAUUAUGUGCCAAUCGUAUUCAAAGUAAAUGGCAACUAGAAGAUAUUUUAACUCAUGAAUUGGUCCAUGUUUAUGAUUAUAUGAAAUUUAAUAUUGAUAUGAAAGAUUUAAAACAUCAUGCUUGUACCGAAAUAAGAGCAUCAAUGUUAAGUGGAGAAUGUCGUAUUUGGAAUGAAAUUAAGAAAACUGGGUUAGGUAAUUUUGGGAAAAAGUUUCAAGAUUGUAUUAAAAGACGAGCAAUCUUAUCAGUUAGUGCCAAUCCUAUUUGUAAAAGUAAAGCCGAAGCUGAAGAAGCAGUAAAUUUGGUAUGGUUAUCAUGUUUUAAUGAUACUAGACCAUUUGAAAGAAUUUACAAAUAGAGUAAUUCAGUAUUAGUCAUCGUAUCAUUACACAUUACAUUACAUAGUAUAUAGUGUUAUAUAAAAUUCAUCUUGUAAAUAUAAAACAACGCUUUAAAGAGAUCCGAUAUUUCAUUUAUGUGAUAGGGGAUGAAGAGAGGAUAAUUUUCCGUUAAGGGUCAAACAGCGCAUGUCAAAAUGGAACAGACAAACACUCACCCGCAUUUUCCAUCCUCAACCCAAAUUCAAUCUUAGAGGUUUGUAUAUUAUAACUUACACAUACUGUAACUUUACAUGACUUUAGUUCUAUAAAUAGUUAAUAUCAUAUCUCAAUUGGAUUAUUAUCAAGAGUCCUACUUUC